CUUCGCUUGGGUGAUCUAGCUACUCCAGGCGGGUUUUCCAGACUCGGAGCAUCUGGGCUCUACUCACUGGUGUAUGUUGCUAGUUAAAUUAAACUUCGUGAACAUCGGUGCACGCAGAGAUCACUCCUGAAACGAUUACGUGACUUAUAUAAAAUUACGCGUUGAACAUUUUUGGUAGAACUAGUAUUCUUCAUUCUCUUUUUCAAGGGUGUAUGGUUGCUUAACCAUCCUUUCCAGACCUACAGGACAAUCAGGGCCGCAGAAUGAAUAUGGCGCUGCAACCAGGGGAUGAGGAUGUAUAUGAAGAUGUAUACGAAGUCCAGCAGAAGCCUCGAGGAAUGCGUCCCAGCAUCGAUAGGGUUCCAUGUCCGAGAAGGUCCGGAGCAGCCUUGGUCCCCGCCGCUUCAUGCGACCCAGUAAAGAGCAUAGGGUGCAAGCGCCAGCUUACCCCGGAGCCUGAACCCAGAAACCAAACGGCUAAACGCGCACGAGCCGGUAACCGUGCUGCUCGCAAGCAUGAGCGGUUUUGGCUCGCAGACGGAAAUACCAUCAUCGAACUCGAUGGUAUACGCUUCAGGGUGCAUCAAUCAUGGCUCGCACGGCAUUCAGAACACCUGGCAAGCAUACUCCUCGAGACAGGACAUGAAGGCAAACCUGAAGAUAGAAUAAUUGAAUUUAAAAGAAGUGAAUUGCGACUCAUCCUCAAUCCAGUAGAUUUUGAGGCGCUGCUCUUGCUUUAUGAAAAUCCAGGGAAUUACCGCAAUGCCAUUGAGCCUCCCAUACUAAUGUCCCUCAUCCGUGCAACGACGUUGCUUGGUUUUGACUCUGACCGUGUAUGGCUCGUGAAGGAGUUGGAAGCGCUCUGGCCCUCUAACCUAGAAGAGCUGGUUGCUAACCCAGAACCGCACCUCAAUGCUCCGGAGGUAGCUGUCCUCGCACGGAUGUGCAACAUUGAUGGGUUGUUGAAGCCUGCAUUCUACGAUAUGGCAAGGAUGCCUGGGUUCGGUCUGGACAAGUUUGAGGAAUCAGAGCAAAUUGGCCGUGUGGAUAUGUUGCGUCUUAUACGGAUAAGAGAGUAUCUGAGUGACAUGUGGGUUCGGGCAGCUGCGCACGAGGAUCCUGCCUUCGUUUGCCAAAACCUCUGUGAUGCGCCAUCCAGUGAUGGUGAAGGAACCUCGACUCCUAACCAAGUUGACGAGAAGCCUGCACUCAACUCUAAUACCUCUGCUAGUGUGGCUAGCACAUGCCUCUUGGUCACCGCAAGACGCGAGGCGUGGGUCCGGCUGGUGUACGACUCAGGGAUUUUCACACUGUAUCGGUACGACUCAUUGCGCGGACUAGCAGCGUUAAUAAACAUCGAGUGGACGGACGACUGGUGCAAAGAUUGUCAGGAGAAACAGAAGGCGGAUUGGCAUGUAAUGCAGAUGAGCAUUUGGGAGAAGGUUGGCGAGUAUUUGAGGGAAGAUUGAUGGGUGGAUAUCGCAAUUCACUAGCAUAAGAAGCAUCCCCCGCCAUUAUGUCUCGCUAGAGUCGCGUUGGCACUGACUCUGUACGUCAGAGUAAAAAGAGGUUUUGGACGAAUGUUCAAUUUCACCACCGAUUCU